AUGUCCCGUUUCAAUUCAGAAACAUACAAUACUAUUGAUAUUGAAAACGCGUCAUUUAAUCAAAAUAAUGAUGAUGCAAGCAUAAUUAAUCAAAGUACUGGUAAUUACCUCACAUUGUCCAGCUCGCGUCAAUCUGAUGACCCAGCUGUUAACCAAGUAAAUCAGAGUCUAAGCAAUAUCAGAGUCAUUUGUCGAUUCAGGCCAGAGAAUAGUGCAGAGUUGGCCAGAGGACACUGUAUAGCCACGUUUCCAAACCCACAAACAGUGGCUAUACAAGGUGCUACAACCACAAACCAUUUCACUUUUGAUAGAGUAUUUGAGCCACAUGCUACACAGAAUGACAUUUAUUUAUUUUCAAUUGCGGAUAUAGUUUCGGAUAUGUUUGCAGGAAUCAAUGGAACAGUUAUAGCGUAUGGCCAGACUGGCUCUGGAAAAACAUACACAAUGUUUGGAAAUCAAAUAUAUGACAACCACGACUAUGAAGAAACCCAUGGAAUCAUUCCUCGAAUAGCCCACGAUGUUUUUGAAAAAAUUGGAGCUAGUGAUAAUCGAACUGAGUAUACACUUUGUAUCUCAUUAAUGGAGAUUUAUGUAGAACAAAUCAGGGACUUACUAAUUGACAAGUCGGAUAAAGAAGAAGAGGAAGCAAAAGAUCAACGGCAAUAUACCAUACAAGAAGAUAAAAUCGAUGGCAUUGCCGUUAGCGGUCUAGUUCAAAAAGAAGUCUUGGACGAAUUGCUGUUGGCGAAAAUUGUCAACCAGGGAUUGAAUAAAAGACAAACGGCAAGUACUGGGAUGAACACGGAAAGUUCACGAUCUCAUACUAUAUUGCAAAUCCAAUUACGACAAACAGAUACUGUAACAGGGGUAUCAAAACGAUCGGUAUUGAGCCUUGUAGAUUUGGCGGGGUCGGAAAAAGUCCGCAAAACUGGAGCACAAGGCCAAACUUUGGAGGAGGCAAAGAAGAUAAACAAAUCACUUUCUGCAUUGAGCAAUGUAAUUAACGCAUUAACAGAUGGGAGAUCAACGCAUAUCCCAUAUCGAGAUUCCAAAUUGACUCGCAUUUUGCAAGAUUCAUUGGGUGGGAACUCACGAACCUCACUAAUUAUAAAUUGUUCGCCGUCCUCGGUAAACGAAUUGGAAAUACUUUCAACAUUGAGGUUUGGUGCUCGAGCCAAGGCUAUCAGAAACAAUGUCCAUGUGAAUACUGAAGUAAGUCCCAAUGCUAUAAAGAAGAAAUUUCAUCAUUUGGAAAAAGUAAAUGUCCAGAACCAACUCUACAUUAAGGACUUGGAAGACGAACUAUCGCGAUAUCGACAAAGUCAAAUACGGCCAUUAUCUUUGUCUAAUGAUGAGUUUGACGUGCUGCUGUUAUUCUCUGGCACCAAUAGUGAUUCCAUUUAUAGCAUCGACUCUACAGUAAGAACUGUUUCUCCUCGACAAUCUGUUGCCAGGCUAAGCAGAAUGCCAUCAAGACUACCUAUACCAUCAUCGCACAUAUCCUUGGCAAGUACAUUGCGACCCACUUCCGCCAACUUUAACCGGCAUUCAAUUGCAAAAGUCUCGGUUGAUGAAGAACUUGAACGACGCGAUCGUAAAAUUCAAGAGUUGGAGAAUGUGAUAUUGAGUAUGAAGAUGCAAAAUGUUGCCAAUGCACACCAAGAAGAAAGCAAGUUGUUUUCAUUAGAGACCUCGUUGCAUAAUAUUGUUGCUAAGCUUAAUGAAGCCGAGCUGGUUAACAAUAAUUUGAGAAAACAUUUAUUGAUUAGUGAAAAAAUCAUUGAGAGCCGUGACGACAAGAUUAGCAAACUUAAAAUAGCGUUGAAGGAUCAGCAAUUGUUGAUAUCAAGGGAAACAUUGGCGUUCAAGAACAGACUAGGCGACAUAUAUCUGAAAUUGAACGAAAUGAGUGUUCUGAAAGAAGAAGAGAUGAAGCAAAAAGAGUUGAAAACGCCGAUUGAGUUGAAUGAACAAAAUGGGCUAAGCAAGACCAAUAAUGGAAAAGUUGGCGAUUCCGCAAUACAUGGAGGAGUUGAUGAAACUGAGUCAGCAUCAGAGAAGACGAUGGUGAUUGCACCAGAACCCGUUGCUAAACUUAGAGGAUCGCGUUUAAAAUCAGCUAAUGCAACAGAUGAUCAAGAGACAAUAUCGAACUUUGAGCCAGAGCCUGAAUUUCUUGACAUGUCGUUUGAUUCUUCUGUCAAUAAUAAUUCGCAAUUCACAACGACAGAGCAUCUGUUAGUUGACGACACUAUAACCACCGAUACAUACAAAAGCAUAGGCACAAGCACAGACAAAAGUACUGAGGAAAGUACUGAGAAAAGCACAGACAAAAGCAUAGGCACAAGUACAGAUGUAGGUGCAAAUGUAAAUACAUCAACCAGUGCUGUCUCUGAUUCCAACGCAGCUUUUAUGUCUCGCGAAUUUGCGAAAGAAGGAUUCUCGAUCUAUUCCUCAGAAAAGCUUGACGCACCAAAUGAGAAAGAUGUCUUUACUGGUUUCCAUCAAGAAUAUGUUUCCAUUAAUGAGUUUUUAAAAGAAAGUAGAAGAAGGUCUAUUAUGUCUACGAGGAGUGUUAGAAGUGCCAAAAGUGCCAAAAGUGUCAAAAGUGUCAAGAGCGGUAGGGAUUCAGGACUAGGUAAGCUAUCCUUAUCGCCGUCAUCACAGCAAGUCAAUAACAUUCAAGAGAAUGACACGGAUGAAAUUGAAACAUCGGGAAUGUUUCGUGAUGAUAAUAAUGAUUAUAACGAUUUCAAUUACAAUCAUAAUUGCAAUGGAGAUAAUAAGACCAAGCAAAAUGUGCCAUUGGCUAAGGUAAACAAGAAUGGAGAAAAACAACAUCACAAGACUGGUCUUGGAAUAAACUUGAGGCUAGGUAAAUCUGUAAAGACUACAAGCUCAUUAGGUUUAUUCCAAUAA